AUGGAUGGACUGAUAGACAGGAGUCAAUCUGCCUUUGUCCCAGGAAGAUUGAUAAAUGAUAAUAUCAUUUUGAGUAAUGAACUGGUGAAGGGCUAUGGUAGGAAGAAUGUAUCCCCCAGAUGUAUGCUAAAGGUGGAUAUGAAGAAGGCUUAUGAUUCUAUUGAGUGGGCCUACCUCAAGCAGAUUUUAGUCCAUUUCCAAUUUCUAGAUAGAUUUGUAGAGUGGAUUUACCAAUGUAUUAGUACAGUUUCAUACUCCAUCCUUAUCAAUGGACAGCCUAGUGCUCCAUUUCAAGCCAAGAAAGGACUGAGACAAGGAGACCCCAUGAUGCAUACAGUUCAGUUGAGUUUUGCUGAUGACCUACUUUUGUUUAGCAGAGGAGACACUGGUUCUAUAAAACUGUUAUAUGGGCAAUUCUUGGAGUUCUCUGCAGCUUCUGGCUUGGUUGCUAAUAAUGAUAAGAGUUCCAUUUACUUUGGAGGUGUCCCUAGUGAAGUACAAGAGGAAAUUCUGCAAGAGUUGGGAUUUUCACAGGGAGUUGGACUGCUAGAUUUCUCUCAUAUGCAAGAAGAACUCAACUCAUCAAAAGUGUGUUAUUCUCAGUCCAAGUUUUCUGGUCUCAGGAAAAUACUCCAAGCUGCUAAGUACUUUGCACUUGCUGGAUGGAAUGAGAACAAUGUACAGCAAAUUGAUGUGUUCUCAAUCAAACAACUGUAUUUGAAGCUUAGGGGUGACUACCAGAAGGUUGAAUGGAGGAGACUUAUUUGUAACAAUGCUACUUGUCCUAAGCGGAUCUUCAUUUUAUAUCUGACACUUCAUAAUAGGCUACUCACAAAGAAAAGACUGACUGGAUGGAGUUGUGUUGAUUAUGUUGACUGUGUGUUAUGUGCCUCAGAGGAAGAGAGUACCAGUCAUCUGUUUUUUAGCUGUCCUUACUCUAAACAGAUUUGGCAAAAGGUCUUAUUUUGGCUCAACAUUAAUAGACAAGCGUGCAAAUGGGAGGAUGAAACAAAAUGGGCUACAAAUCACUGUAAGGGGAAGUUACCACAUGCUGAGGUAUAUAGAAUGACCCUUGCUUCAACUGUGUACGACAUAUGGCAGGAGAGAAAUAACAAGAAUUUCAAGAAAACACUAGAGAAGGUUUAG